AACACUAGUCCCACUAGUCAGUCCACACCGGGUCCACACGGCCAGGAACAAACUACGAAGUAUACAACACACUCCAAAGAGAAAACAAUGAAGCUGAUCGUAACACUGGCGAUGAUUGGAAUCACUUUGGCCCUGCCGACCCCACAGGCAGAAAAAGAGGGUGCCUUCUUCACGAACGAGGCCAUCCGACAAGCACAAAACACUUACUUGAUCCCUAAGGACGCAACUAUCCAGAAGGUUCAAGAAGGAAUUCAGCUGGCAGCUUACGAGUCUAUCCCCGGCAACCAGCGCAUCAACUUAUUCGAGAUUCUGGGAGAACAUGUCCCUCCAGAGGUUGUCAAUAACUUACAGGCGCAGGUCGACCAAGUCGGCAAGCAGUAGCUUCAGAAUUACCACUUAUACAAAGGUUUCAUUUUUCCAGUUCACUUACUUUCAGUGAAGCAACAGGUGGAUCUGCAAGGUAACAUUCCCACGGAAAAGAGUGAAUGCUUUAGAGCAAUGACUUUCAACAGGUGAACAGGAAAAGUUGGUGUGGAAAAUCGGGAUUUACUAUGAAAUUUUAAAAUACAAAACACACAGCUCCUAGUACAAAGAAUGAGCUAAAAUUGUGAAAGAUCGAUUAGGGAUCGAGCAUUUCUGUUGUUUCAGAAAGCAGCAACAAUAUUGACAAGCACUGCCCUAGAGCAUUACUAGUUCCUUCCUCUCUGAUAUCACACAACUUGUCUGCAGAGACCGUUUCUUUACCUGUCAGCGCUCAGGGAGAAAAGCAUAUGGAAGUAAUUCAGACUGUUUGUGUCUUCGUUGCAUUUCACAAACGCCAUGUAAGUAGUAGUUGACAACUGUUUUAUUUUGUGAUAACCAAAAGGAAAACAGUCUUAAGGAUGAUAAACAGAGAGGACUUAUGUCAAAUAAAAUUGGGAAUGUUAAAAAAUGAGAAAAUGCCAUUUAGGACUAUGGACGGUUGAAAGAACACAGAUGACGCCCAUUGUUGUGACAACGCAGACUGACGAAGUUGUCAACAAUGACUUACAUGUGCUGCCUAUUUUAGUGUGACAUAUUUUUGUACAAAACCGUGUCCCCAACACGACAAUAAAACUCAGUUUGGUGUAUAAACUA